AUGGAAAGCUGGCAAGAGGGCAGAGAGCCGUGCGGCAAAGCCUUUAUUGCUGCUUGUGUAGUGCUCUCUGUGGUGCAGAUUAUGGUCGUCGCAGCACGUUUCUACACACGACAUAAGAAACGAAUACUGUACGGCUUAGAUGACUACUUGGUUCUUUUUGCUCUGAUUGCGAAUAUUGCUAAAGCUAUCCUCUACAUUGUCAGUAAGUUCUUCAACCUUUCCACGGCCCUUGAGCACAGCUGGCUGACUUGCCACAGUGGUGAAGAACGGACUUGA